GAUCGAAAGCGUAAUUAUGGUCUCCACCGUGAAGAUCUUCAACGUCACUAUACCGCCGAAGGACGAUCUCUGCUGCGUGAUCUGCAAGAUCGUGAAUUCCGAGAACGAUCCCCUGAUCUACUCCAACUAUUGCGGGAACAGGCUCAAGUGCGGGCAAUUUCUUCGCGAGACUCCUCAGGCGAUGGCCGCCCCGAUAACUAAUCGGAAAUUGCUCGAGCUCGGCGGCUCCCUGUACAUUAUCGUCGCGAAGGACUUUAUCGAGAGCUGCACCUUCCGGGACCACUGCGACGCUCUCAACUUAGAGGUGAUCGAUCUACUCGACCCCCUCCCGACUUAUAUUUACAAGAUGUGUCUAGUUUACACCGUGGAAUACAAGCUGGCACCGCAGUGGAACAAGGUCGGGCUGUACCUCGUCGAGGGACAGGAUUUUCUCAGCUCGACGGGAAGCGUCAGCGCGAUCACGCUGAAUAUUAAAGACAUCCGCGAUAACAACGCCCAGUUUCACGUGGAGGCUUUAGAUCUCAGAAUACCCUUCCUAAGAUUGAACACCGCGCGUCCUUUGCAAAAUGAUUUGCAGCCGCCAGUACGCGUUCUACCGAGCUUGAAAAUGGCAACUGUGGUGAGCAUAUCGAAAGAGAUUAAGCAGAAAUACAUGUUCAAGGAUUACGAGGAGAUGCGCGAGUAUUGGAAAAAUAUGGUAUGCGAAUCUAUUUAUAACUCAUCAAACCUAAUAUCUCCUAGGCUCAAUCUUAUUGGUUUUGUUAUAUAUAAUUAUACUCUGUUAUUCUCGCUGAAAUAAAAAUUAGCUACGUACAAAGAA